CCAUGCAAGAGAACCGACCAAAGCCAAGUUGGCUGAAGGAGAACGGCGGGACGACUCACUGCGGGCCUGAUACCCCUCGAACUCGGUGCCACUUUUGGGUCGAAUUCGAUGCAGUGUGUCUGGCAGACCCUUGCCAUGUCGACUUUCUUUUAAGUCAGGCCAUCCGCGUGUGAGAAGGUCAGGCUCAGGUGGUCUCUUCUGAACCACGGCUCCUUUAUUUCUUUUCGAGUCUCAUUCCAAGGAACUCGACAACAUACUGGUUCUGCUAGCAUUGCAGAGCCUCGAUUCAAAAUGGCCUCAUACGAGCCGAAACAACCGGCUGUUGCAACAUCCACAGAAUGGAAGCAGUCCUGGUCAGCACCCAAGGCCGCCCCGGGGAAUGAGGAGCCAUGGACUACCGAAACACCGAUUUGGCAUGUCGUUGUGAGAGGUUUCCAGAUCUUCUUUGGCCUCAUAAUUGCCGGAUUGGCCGGUGUUCUCAUUCAUGGUUAUCUGAUGGACGCUGUGGCGUUUGGUCUCGUUUGUUCGCUAUUUACCUGGAUCAUCUGCAUCUGGUCCCUGGUCAGCGAAAAGAUCCUGAGUGCUCGAAAAGCGUACAAUAUCUGGGCGACCUUGUCUUUGGAUUUCUUCAUGAUCAUCCUUUGGCUGGCCUCCAUGGGUGCGAAUGCGGCGAACCGGGCGGCCUUCACAGUUGAUGUUAAUGUCGAGGCAUGUUAUGACGAUGGAAGCAGCAUCAGCGCCAAUCACUGCAUCGUGAGCAAGCGUGAGCUUGUGAAGCGAUUUGCCGUCGCUAGCAAGGGCGGCCUCGCCAUGAUGUCUGGUAUUGCAGGUCUGAGUGCCCUUCAAAUGCUCCUCUUCGUCGCAACCUUUGCCUAUAACGCGCACAAGUUCCGUCUGUACUAUCAGGCCACUAAGGGACCCAAGACUACUCACAAUGGGGCCUUGGAGAUGAACGCACAGCACACGCCGAUGCUCAGCGUCCAACAAGGAGGACCUGCACCUCCAUCAUACCCGCAGUACACCGAUCAGCAGGCAUACCAGCCGCAGGUCCCCGUACAACAGCCGGUAGAGCAGUAUCAACCAACGCCUACAACGUCUCCGGCACCGGCACCGGCCCAGAUGCCGACCCCAUCCCCACAGCCAUACCCAUAUGGACAUGCCGAACAGCAAUAUCCGGGACAGCAGGCUCCCGCUCAGUAUGCUCCGGCUCACCACCCUCCUCAGCAAUAUGCCGAGGCCCCAGGUCACACCCCGUCCCAAGGUCAUACCCCAGCCCAGUACCCUCAAACCACCCAGUCUUACAACUCCAAUAUGCAUGAGAUGCCCAGUCACUCGCAAGGAUAUCCACAGCCUACAUCAUUCUCACAGUGAGACAUGGUGACUGUGCGAUGGUCGACUCGUGCUGAGGAAUUUUCGUUAGGUAUGGAGUCAUAAGGCGUGUUGUUUUGGUUCAUGUUUAUUUUAGAUAUCCGG